GCCCGCGCAGCUCCACGUAGUCCGCCCGCAAAGAUUCUUCCUUCGUCCUCAUCCAAACCCCAAUCGAUCCCCCACCUCCGCAGAUAAACGUCCAAAAAGAUCGAAGGCCGCCGUACGCCUCACUCACUCCCCUGCCCCAUGGCGCUGCAGCUUCCGCCGCCGCGGCUCGCCGCCGUCCGCCCCUGCUUCCUCCUCCCUUCUCCCGUCGCCCCGACCCGCGGUGCUUCCGCUACCGCCAGGCACGGCAGCGCGUUCUCGCUCCAGAGCAACGUGCGGCUCGUCAAGCCCAACCGCCGCGCCCGGCGCUCCCGGAACCCCUACUACGACUUCGACGAGGAGGAGGAGGAGGAAGUCGAGGAUGACGAGGGCUACGAGACCGAUGAUGAUUUGUCGGGUUUGGAAUAUCCUGGUGUACUUUAUUCAAAGAGCCCGCGUGCUCCAAGCAAUAGACCAGGACUGCAAACUCCACUGAUAAAAGAAAAGUGGGAAGGAAGGCAACCUAAAACUCGUGAUAAAUACGGUCCAGAAAAAAAUAAUUCCCAGCAUCCCAGGAGUAAAGCAGGAAGAUCGUCAACAGGUCUUAUGGACAUGGACAGUGAAGUAGAGUUAAAAAAUGAAAGCAUUUCUCGAAGUGUGUUCCAGAAACUGCAAGAAGAAUACGAAUUUGAUGGUAAAUGGUUACCACUGAUUGAUUACUUGUGCACGUUUGGACUGAAGGAGUCUCAUUUUACUUACAUCUAUGAGAGACACAUGGCCUGCUUCCAAAUCAGUCAAGCUUCUGCAGAAGAAAGGUUGGAGUUCCUGCUAAGUUCUGGUGUUAAAAGCAAGGAUAUGAAGAGGAUACUGGUUAGACAACCACAGAUUUUGGAAUACACUCUUAGCAAUCUGAAGUCUCAUGUUGCUUUUCUGGAGAGCAUUGGUGUUCCAAGUGCACGCAUAGGGCAAAUUAUUUCUGCUGCUCCCUCGUUCUUUUCUUACAGUGUGGAGCAGUCUCUGAAACCAACUAUAAGGUAUCUGAUUGAGGAAGUAGGUAUUGAGGAGAGUGAUGUGGGCAAAGUAGUGCAGCUAAGCCCACAGAUUCUGGUCCAGAGAAUUGAUAGUGCAUGGAAGUCUAGAUCACUUUUUCUGUCAAAAGAACUGGGUGCUCCCAAACAUAACAUUGUUAAGAUGGUCACAAAGCACCCUCAGCUGCUUCAUUACAGCAUUGAGGAUGGAAUCUUGCCUAGGAUCAAUUUCCUGAGAAGCAUUGGCAUGAGAAACUCCGAUAUUCUCAAAGUAUUGACAAGUCUUACUCAGGUGUUAUCUUUGUCCUUGGAGGAAAAUCUCAAGCCAAAGUAUCUUUACUUGGUUAAUGACCUUAAGAACGAAGUUCAAUCCUUAACAAAAUAUCCUAUGUACUUGAGCUUGUCUCUUGAUCAGAGAAUUCGUCCCCGCCACCGAUUUCUCAUUUCAUUGAAGAAAGCUCCAAAGGGUCCAUUUCCUUUGAGCUCCUUUGUGCCUACAGAUGAGCGUUUUUGCCAGCGGUGGGCUGGGACCAGCUUAGAGAAAUACCAUACAUUUAGGCAGAGCUUGCUGCUGACAGGUUUUGCAGAGAAGUCUGGAAGGAAAACAUUAACCUCAAGAUGGUAGAUGCCUAGCUGGUGGGUGGGAAAUGGGUUGCUUUUGAGCCUGCGCUCCUCACUGAAUUGCCUUGGUCGCUGACCUGAUACUCAAUGAUCAGUGGGUUUAUAAUACAUCACAUCCAUGUCACUGACUACAGCUUACAUUGUAUUGUUCAUAUUGCCUCCUUUUACAUGGUGUAAAGUUUUCAUCGGAUUCCCCAUCAAUUGCAAAUGGAUCUAAAAGAACAGCAAUAUGCCAGAAUGGUUGGCAGACAUUUGGUUAUUUAGUUCCAGGGGUAUCUCACCUGUAUUGCUAGUUAAUAUUAACUACAAAUGCUGAACAGAAUGCUAUGUUUAGAAAAUCGUAGCCUAAUUGUGUAAGAGGGCCAUUGCAGGCAGCCUUCUGUGCUGAUGUAAUUCUGUAAUGCGGUUAACCUUUGUGCUUUCUUUUUCGUAAGGCUUGUUACUGUGAAUUACAAUACCUGCUUGUACAUCCUACGUUUUCAAGGUUGUUUCAUUAAAAGAACUCUUUAUGCUGUA